CACGAGUAUCCUUUGUACGCUCCUGACAAUCUGGUCGUGUCAACAUAAGGCUACAUUGGGGUCCUUUGGCGUGGGGGCCAUCAUAGGAGAACCUGGUUUGAAAAGUCGAGCUUUUGAUGGGGUUGAUGUCACCUGGGUGUUGGUCCUUAUUGACCGAUUUCGGCAUUGAUCUGAAACCGAGAGCGGGAGGGAGGGAGGGAGAGAUAAGGCGCCGGGAAGAUGAGGGGAUAAUGGAUCCCUACUCCGCACGCUAUUUUGGACGGACACAGCGAACCCCUCGCAAGUGGGUCGUAGUAAUCCCUCCAAGACAUUGGUUUUGGGGGAUCUCCAAGGCAUCGAUAAAGAUGCCAGGUUGCCACUAAAGUCAAUUUUAUGCGGCAUACGUGAUGAGGCCCAAAACUUAGGCACGAUGCAGCCAAUGCAGCGCAACACUACGAUAGGCAGUUCCCCGCCUCCAACAACCCCACUUCCCAGGACCAU